GACGGCCGGACUGGCUCGGUGAAUUGAGCGCAGCGGAGCUCGGAGCUAGUCGCCGCCCGAGCCGACCCAGCCCGCGCCGCCCGCCGCGUCUCUCAGCAGCGGGGCCAAUGCAGCAUGGUCAUGGCUGAUGGCCCGGGGCACUUGCAGCAGCAGCAGCAGCAGCAGCAGCAGCAGCUGCAGCAGCGCGGGCCGGUCCGGGUGGGCUUCUACGACAUCGAGGGCACCCUGGGCAAGGGCAACUUCGCCGUGGUGAAGCUGGGGCGCCAUCGGAUCACCAAGACCGAGGUGGCGAUAAAAAUUAUAGAUAAAUCUCAGCUGGAUGCAGUGAACCUUGAGAAAAUCUACCGAGAGGUACAAAUAAUGAAGUUGUUAGACCAUCCUCACAUAAUCAAACUUUAUCAGGUAAUGGAAACCAAAAGUAUGCUGUACCUUGUGACAGAAUAUGCCAAAAAUGGAGAAAUUUUUGACUAUCUUGCUAAUCACGGCCGGUUAAACGAGUCAGAGGCCAGGCGAAAAUUCUGGCAAAUCCUGUCUGCUGUUGAUUAUUGUCAUGGUCGAAAGGUUGUGCACCGCGAUCUCAAGGCUGAAAAUCUCCUCCUGGAUAACAACAUGAACAUCAAAAUAGCAGAUUUCGGUUUUGGAAACUUCUUUGAAAGUGGUGAACUGUUGGCAACAUGGUGUGGCAGUCCUCCAUACGCAGCACCGGAAGUCUUUGAAGGACAACAGUACGAAGGACCACAGCUGGAUAUUUGGAGCAUGGGAGUUGUUCUUUAUGUCCUCGUCUGUGGAGCUCUACCUUUUGAUGGACCAACUCUUCCAAUCUUGAGGCAGAGAGUUCUAGAAGGAAGAUUCCGGAUUCCAUAUUUUAUGUCAGAAGACUGUGAGCAUCUGAUUCGAAGGAUGUUGGUCCUUGACCCAUCUAAACGACUAACUAUUGCACAAAUCAAGGAGCAUAAGUGGAUGCUCGUGGAAGUUCCUGUUCAAAGACCCAUCCUAUAUCCUCAAGGGCAAGAAAAUGAACCAUCUAUUGGGGAGUUUAAUGAACAGGUUUUGAGACUGAUGCACAGCCUUGGCAUAGAUCAACAGAAAACCAUUGAGUCUUUGGAGAACAAGAGCUACAACCACUUUGCUGCCAUUUAUUUCUUGUUGGUGGAGCGCCUGAAAUCACAUAGGAGCAGUUUUCCUGUGGAGCAGAGGCUUGACGCCCGCCAGCGUCGGCCUAGCACUAUUGCUGAGCAAACAGUUGCCAAGGCACAAACUGUGGGACUCCCGGUGACCGUGCACUCCCCCAACCUGCGGCUGAUGAGGUCCACCCUCCUCCCACAGGCACCCAAUGUGGAGGCCUUUUCAUUCCCAGCCCCUAGCUGUCAGGCAGAAGCAGCCUUUAUGGAAGAAGAGAGUGUGGACACUCCAAAGGUCAAUGGCUGUCUCCUGGACCCGGUGCCUCCUGUACUGAUAAAGAAGGGUUGCCAGUCACUGCCUAGCAACAUGAUGGAGACAUCCAUCGAUGAAGGGCUGGAGACAGAGGGCGAGGUGGAGGAAGACCCAAGCCAGGCUUUCGACACGUUCCAGUCCACACGCAGUGGGCAGAGGCGGCACACUCUGUCUGAAGUGACCAAUCAGCUGGUUGUGCUGCCUGGUUCAGGGAAAAUGUUCUCAAUGAGUGACAACCCCUCCCUGGACAGUGUGGACGCCGAGUAUGAUAUGGGCUCGAUUCAGAGGGACCUGAACUUUCUGGAGGACACCCCUUCACUGAAGGACAUCAUGCUAGCCAAUCAGCCAUCUCCACGCAUGACGUCCCCCUUCAUAAGCCUGAGACCUGCCAACCCAGCCAUGCAGGCUCUGAGUGCCCAGAAACGGGAGGCCCACAAUCGGUCCCCUGUGAGUUUCCGAGAAGGCCGCAGGGCGUCGGACACCUCCCUCACCCAAGGAAUCGUUGCCUUUAGACAGCACCUUCAGAAUCUGGCACGAACCAAAGGAAUCUUGGAGCUGAACAAAGUGCAGUUGCUCUAUGAGCAGAUGGGCUCAGAGGCCGAUCCCAGCUUGACAUCAGCUGCUCCACCGCUCCAGGACCUUCCUAGCAGCUGCCCCCAGGAGGAAGUUGCUCCACAGCAGAAGAGCGUGGCGCCUCUGCCUGGUGCCGUGCGCCCGCAGCUCCCCCAGCGGCCGGGUCUGGAGGCGCAGUACCUGCAGCACCGGCUCCAGAAGCCCGGACUUCUGUCAAAGGCCCAGAAUACCUGUCAGCUUUAUUGUAAAGAAACUCCCCGGAGCCUUGAACAGCAGCUGCAGGAACACAGACUCCAGCAGAAGCGGCUCUUCCUGCAGAAGCAAUCUCAGCUGCAGGCGUAUUUUAAUCAGAUGCAGAUAGCUGAGAGCUCCUACCCGCAGCCCAGCCCACAGCUGCCCCUGGCCCACCCGGAGACGCCCCAGCCUUCACAGCCGCCCUUCGCCCUCACCCAGCCCCUGAGCCCCGUGCUGGAGCCUACGUCGGAGCAAAUGCAGUUCAGCCCUUUCCUCAGCCAGUACCAGGAGAUGCAGCUGCCGCCCCUUCCCUCUUCGCCGGGCCACAGGGCCCCUUCUCUCCCCACACACUUGCAGCCGCCUCCACCGCCACCUCCGCCACCUCCACAGCCUCAGCAGCCAGGAGCAGCUUCCUCGCCCUUACAGUUUCCCUACCAGACUUGUGAGCUGCCUGGGGCAGCAGCCUCGGAGCCAGACUAUGCCGCCCCCUGUCAGUUCCCCAUGGACGAGGCCCCGCAGAGUGGCAUGGCACCCCCCGAGGGUCCCCAGAGCUCAGGACUGCAGGACGCCCCUUCCACCUACGACUCUCUCCCCCUGUCGGAGUUCCCUGGACUCUUUGAUUGUGAGAUGCUGGAGGCUGUGGACCCCCAGCACAAUGGCUACGUCCUGGUGAAUUAGCCUCAGCACAAAGCAGCAAGGCGGGUCUGCUGAAGAAAGAGUGCUUAUUUCUAUUUUCAGUCCAGCCUUUUAAAUUUGAAGCUUAUUUUUCCUGCCUUCUCCCUAAUGGGGAAAAAAAAAUCAAGUCACCCAACUGGAAUCAGAGGGCCUGGCCCAGGCGGAUGUCACUCCUUCUUGGCUCUGUCCCCCAGUUUUCUGUAGUAAGUGCAGGAACAUAGUUGUAAGCUAGAGCUCCUUAAGUCAUCGAGCGAGCUGAUCUACCCCAGUCCAUCGCCAAGGGAACCCUCGGUGAUCGUGGGAGAAAUGUAUGCCAUGAUCCGUGGGCAAAGCAAGAAAGGGUAGUGAAUUUUCACAGAAGCAACAGCGUUGUUUAAAAGAAAUCAUGAAUACCUUUGGGAAAAUUAGAUGCAGGAGAAGCAAAGGUGAACUUUGUCAUUGACCCCUGAGUUCUAAGCUGCUGAUGCUAUUUGUCCCCAUGACCAUGACAAAACAGGGGAGCAUAAGCUUUGUUGGCGGGCCGGGGUGGGGCUGCUAAAUAACGUCUGGUACUGACCCCUGAGACAGGCAGCAGGCAACACAACUCUCCAGAAAAGUGCCCUGGUCCCCCUUGUAUCAGCGUGUUCUCAGGGCUGCGAAGAUGUUGCCUGCAGAAGUAACCCUGGAGACUGGGAGAAGCCCCCAGGAGCGCCUGCCUGGGAAGACAGGCUCUUCCUGUGGCCUUCGGCGGAGACUUCUGGUUUCUAUGGUUGGUCUCUGGAGGACCGAGCUAGCAUCUCUCUCACUGCGGAAUACUUAUUUUGACUUUACACUCUAUGUUGCUCGUAGUUUAUUGAGCUUUGUAUAUUUGGACAGUUUCACAUAGGGCUUAGAGACUUUAAGGACAAGAAAAUGAACUUUUAUCUCCCAUGUGAAGUGGUAGUGCCGUGCCUUUUCUCCCCAGAUCAUGCUUUAAUUCUUUUCUGUAGAAACCAACACUUUUCCAUUUAUGUCAACGCUACAUCCAAAGUCACUUCAGAGUUUGUUUUCCACCAUGUGGGAAUCGCAUUCUUAAUUUCCUUAAUAUUUUGAUUUGUAAUGAAAUGUUCAAGUAUUACAGCAAUAUUCAAAAACCACAGAUGUGUUAACCAUUUAAGCAGUUUUAUCUGUCAAAUGUGUGAUAGGACUAGUACUGCUCAACCUCAACCCUUAACAAGUCAUUCCUCCAAGUAAGUUAAAAAAAUAAAUGCUUCAGCUAGUUAACUGAGUACCUGCUAGUACUCAGUUUACUCCUUAGAGUAAACUGUCACUUGGACAGUAACAUACAAGUGUUACAAAUCCAGUAUUAUCCACAGAGACUCGUCAUUUCUGUCCUUUAGAGUGGCUGGUCCAAAAGUAGAUGAAUGCAUUAAGCACAAAGCCUCUUCCUUAAAGCACAGAGAAGAGAGGCACCAACUACAUUGAUGCUGCAUCUAGAAACACCUUUAAGUUGCCUUUUCUCUUCGUAGCCAGAGUCCAGGCAGGUGCAGAAAGCAUGGAGGUCCAAGGAGCCCAGAUGGCCCCCGUGUGGUUUCCCAAAAGGGUGUCCUUAGGUCAGCAGGAAUGGGUGGCAUGAAGAAGCAUCAGGCAUGUGACCUUCAACAGCACUAGUUCAAGUUCUAGUCUGCUUUUUAAGUCCGUGUGAAAUGAGACAAUUA